AUGUCCAGCCAGGCCGCUAUCCGCAGGAAGCUCGUCAUCGUUGGUGACGGCGCGUGCGGCAAGACCUCGCUCCUCUGCUCCUUCGCCCUCGGCGAGUUCCCAAAAGAAUACCAACCCACUAUAUUCGAAAACUAUGUCGCAGAGAUCAGGCUCGACGGCAAGCCGGUCCAGCUCGCGCUAUGGGAUACCGCCGGGCAAGAAGAGUACGAACGCCUCCGACCGCUCUCCUACUCCAAGUCGCACGUCAUCCUUAUCGCGUUCGCGAUCGACACGCCGGACUCGCUCGAGAACGUCACCGUGAAGUGGAUAGAGGAAGUGCGCUCGAUCUGUGGCCAGACCAUCCCCGUCCUCCUCGUCGGCUGCAAGUCGGAUCUCCGCCCGCCGGACGUGGACAACACCGCGCCGUCCCACCCGCUGUUCGUCACCCGCGCCCAGGCCGAGCGCGUCGCUCAGUCCAUCGGCGCGCGGGGGUACAAGGAGUGCUCCGCGCUCAAGAUUGAGGGCGUCGACGACGUGUUCGAGGCCGCGACGAGGCUGAGCAUGCUCAUGCGCGAGGGCGUGCCCGCGCACGUUCGGAACGAUAGCUCGGGCGGCGCGGCGCAAGGGCACCGGAGGAAGAACUCGGGCGUGAGCAAGGACGAGGGCGCGGGGCGGUGUUGCGUGAUCUGCUAG